AUGGCCCCACUUCUAAUUCCCGAAGUGAUAGCCCUGUUGAAUACGCGCCUGACGUGGGGAAUCGUGCUUAUCGGGGCGCUUAUAGCACGUGUCGUAAUCAGACGUUAUUGCACAUCGAUUCGAGAUAUCCCGGGGCCUUUUUGGGCAUCCUUUUCCAGUCUUUGGGUGGUCGCCCAGCUGUACAAAGGUCAUUUGGAGGAUGCGACGCUCAAAUUACAUGAGAAGCAUGGACACUUUGUUCGGAUCAGAGAAAAUGAAGUUAGCGUCUCUCAUCCCGAUGCAGUGAGACAGCUCUUGCACGCAAAUAUUGCCAAGGGCCCGUGGUAUGCCAUCUUCAGUCUUCCAGACUAUCACAUGGUGAACCAGAUGUCCGAGUUGGACCACAAACGACAUAUCGAGAAAAGUCGCAACGUCGCAUCAGGAUAUGCUCUUUCCAACAUCAUCAAGUCCGAACCCUACGUUGAUGCCGUUUUGGAGCUCUUCACCAAUGCCAUGAGCGAAUAUGCCAAAGCAGGCAAGCCAUUCAAAUUCGAAACUUGGUUCACUUUCUACGCAUUUGACGUCCUCGGCGAGGUCACUUUCUCCAAGUCCUUUGGUUUCGUCAAGACCGGUACUGAUAUCGGGAAUGCCAUCUCAAACACCCGAGCCCUCGCUUUAUAUGUCGCCGUCAUGGGCCACUAUACCUGGUUCCACAACCUCACUUUGGGUAACCCGCUCCUUAGUCGUUUGGGCAUUCAACCUUCCUCGCACAUCUUCGAUACCUGUCUUGCAGCUAUCAAGGUACGCAAGGAGAACCCUGAAAAGCGCAAGGACAUGAUGCAGCAAUGGCUCGACACUCGCGCCAAGUACCCGGAUCGCAUGGCGGAGAGUGAGAUCUUCGGUGCAGCCGUGGCUAACGUCGGUGCUGGUGCGGACACCGUUAGCGCAACUAUGCAGUCGCUUGUGUACUGUCUCAUUCGCAAUCCUGAGCAUCUAGAGCGCCUCCGUGAGGAGAUUGAUGCUGCUCAUGCUGGUGGAGAACUUUCUCCUAUUGUCCAGUAUAACGAGGCGCAGAAAUUGCCUUUCCUCCAAGCUUGUAUGAAAGAGAUCUAUCGACUCCACAGUGCGGUUCCCAGCCCCCUUCCGCGGGUUGUACCAAAGGGUGGAAUGACAAUUGGAGACAGAUACUUCCCUGAAGGUGUCAUCCUAAGCGUCAACCCUUGGGUCUACCACCGAAACCCGACGCUGUUUGGCGAAGACUGUAACGUCUUCAACCCAGAGCGCUGGCUUCAAAGUGAUGCGAAGACGAAAAGCAUGGAUUCUUUCCUUAUUCAUUGGGGAGCAGGAUAUAACCAAUGCCCCGGCCGUAAUCUCGCUCACUUCGAGAUCACCAAGCUUAUUACCACCAUGGUCAGGGACUUUGAAUUUGAGCUUACAGAUCCGAAGAAAGAAUGGGAGUGGACAAAUCACUUCACGGUUAUGCCAUGGGGCUGGCCUUGUAACAUUCGUCGCCGGACCAAUGUAUAA